UAUGCCCGCCAGGGCCAGAUCGAGGUGAGCAUCCUGGCCCGACUUAGCGGGGAGAACGCAGAGGAGCAUAACCUGGUGAGGGCUUUCGAGUGCUUCCAGCACAGAAACCACACCUGUCUGGUGUUCGAAAUGCUGGAGCAGAACCUGUACGACUUCCUCAAGCAGAACAAGUUCAGUCCGUUGCCACUGAAGGUGAUUAGGCCCGUUCUGCAACAGGUGGCCACGGCGCUUAGGAAGCUCAAAAGCUUGGGCCUGAUCCAUGCCGAUCUUAAACCAGAGAACAUUAUGCUGGUAGAUCCUGUGAGGCAACCCUUCCGUGUGAAAGUGAUUGACUUUGGCUCUGCCAGCC